AUGUCACUACCUAUUAUCUCAGUCGCGGGAAACGGAUUAUUGAGGGUUGGCCAUCGAUUUCAGAUCAAAGGUGUUGUUUAUGUCGAAAAGGCGUCUGGCUCAACUCCAAUCGACGUUUUGGCUGAUUCAAGGGCCAGCCAAUGUGCAGUCGAUGCGCCCAUCAUCAAGGCACUAGGGGCCAACACUAUCAAUGUGUUCUAUACAGAUGCGACUCAGAGCCAUGAUAAAUGCAUGCAGAUUUUCCAGGACAAUGGAAUAUACGUCAUGACGAACAUGGCAAUUCAAAAGGAUUCGACCCUUUUGGAUCUGACAGGAAUGGAUGCUAGCUCGAACAUAGCCAACUCAACAUGGCAAAUGGACGUUUUCAAACAAUACGCGGCUAUUCUUGAUUCAAUGGCCGGGUACAGCAAUCUUCUGGCCCUUUUGGUUGGAAAUAAUAUCAUUACUGGUGCAUCUAUUACCGACAAAGGCCCUACGGUUGACCUAGCCCCGUAUCUAAAAGCUGCAGCUCGAGAUAUGAAAGCUUAUGCUGCCGCUAGGCAGUAUCGUCCUAUACCGAUUGGAUACGCUACAGACUCGGAUUAUACCUAUAUUCAAGCGUUGGGAGAAUACUUGGUGUGCGGAGGCAAGAGUGAUGAGGCUAUCGACUUCUAUUCAGUCAAUCAAUACUCAUGGUGUGGCAAAUCGUCCAUUAUCACUUCUGGCUACGAUGGAUUGACCUCGAAGCUAGAAGGCCUAGGGGUUCCCAUGUUCUUCUCUGAAGAUGGUUGCAACAGUCCUGCUCCGCGGCUCUUUGAGGAUCAGUCCGCGGUUUUUGGGUCUAAUAUGUCGAGUGUUUGGAGUGGCGCAAUUAUCUAUGAAUGGAGGCAAGAAGAGAGUAAAUACGGCCUUGUUUCAUACACCACUUCCGGGGUCAGCACGCCAACAACUUUGGCCGAUUACAAUGUUUUGAAAAGCCAAUGGGCUAAUGUGACUGCAAAUACCCACCCCCCAUCUACAUUUUCUACUCCUUCCUGUCCCACGUCAAUCAAUUCAUACUGGCCUAUCAACCCCAGCGCUGCAUUGCCAACGAUUGCGGGUCUUGACUUUGCAACCAUCAAACCAGCGAGUGCCACUAGUACUAGUGAUGAUACUAGCACGAGUAUUAGUAUCACUGGUACAAGCACCAGCGCCAGCAAUACCACAGAACCUAAACAUUCAAUCGGAGGUGGUGCAAUUGCCGGAAUCAGUGUUGGUGUUACGUCAGGCGUGCUCGUUUUCGUUGGGUUAUUCCUAUUUUUCAAGCGUCGAUCGAAAAGGAAUGGACCAUUCUAUUCGAUGGCACAGACGUCAGAUACUCUCGAUGCAGGAGGUUCUAAUCAUAUUGAUCCUCUUGCUGAAUUAGCUCACACUGCUCGACCGGCUGAAUUAGCCCAUACUAAUUCACCGAGUGAACUUCCAGAUUUGGAGAACAGGGUCCAAGAGCUUGACUCUCGUAUGAUUGACAGGCCUGGCAGGGCGGAGGCGUGA